CUGGGCCCCCAGGCGGAGUGGCGGGUGCCGGGCCCCCAGGCGGAGGGGCGACGGGCGCCGGGCCCCCAGGAGGGACGACGGGCGCCGGGCCCCCGGGCGGAGGGGCGCCGGCCCCCAGGAGGGGCGACGGGCAUUGGGCCCCCAGGCAGAGCGGCGGGCACCAGGCCCCCAGGAGGGGCGACGGGCAUUGGGCCUCCAGGCAGAGCGGCGGGCACCGGGCCCCCAGGAGGAGCGGCAGGCACCGGGCCCCCAGGCAGAGUGACAGGCAUCAGGCCCCCAGGCGGGGCGGCGGGCGCCGGGCCCCCAGGCGGAGCGGCGGGCACCGGGUCAUCAGGCACGACAACGGGCAUCGGGUCACCAGGCAUCAGGUCAUUUGGCUCGCCAGCGGGCACCGCGUCAUCUGGCAAGGCAGUGGGCACCGAGUCACCAGGCACGACAGUGGCGGGCACCGCG